AUGCCCCAUAGAGUAGCUUCACCACCACGGCCUCGGCCCGUCCCUGGGGUGCCAGGGACCCUGUUCCUCCUGUGCUGUUGUAACUUCUGCCUCUGUGCCAAUGGCUUCCAGAACGCAGAGGAAAACUCUCGCAUCUCAAUCACCUUCUUCCGACUCUUCCGCGUGAUGCGUCUCGUGAAGCUCCUGAGCCGAGGGGAGGGCAUCCGGACACUGCUUUGGACCUUCAUCAAGUCCUUCCAGGCUCUCCCCUAUGUGGCUCUUUUAAUAGUGAUGUUGUUCUUCAUCUACGCUGUGAUCGGGAUGCAGGUGUUUGGUAAAAUUGCGCUGAAUGAUACCACAGAAAUCAACCGCAACAACAACUUCCAGACCUUCCCCCAGGCAGUGCUGCUGCUUUUCAGGUGUGCCACCGGUGAGGCCUGGCAGGAAAUCAUGCUGGCAUGUCUCCCAGACAAGAAGUGCGACCCAGAGUCGGAGCCGGCCAACUCCACCGAAGCCGAUCACUCCUGUGGCAGCAGCUUCGCCGUCUUCUACUUCAUCAGCUUCUACAUGCUCUGUGCCUUCCUGAUCAUCAAUCUUUUUGUAGCUGUUAUAAUGGAUAACUUUGAUUACCUGACACGGGACUGGUCCAUUUUAGGACCACACCACCUGGAUGAAUUUAAAAGGAUCUGGGCAGAAUAUGACCCUGAAGCCAAGGGACGGAUCAAACACUUGGACGUGGUGACGCUGCUCCGGCGGAUUCAGCCCCCCCUGGGCUUCGGGAAGCUCUGCCCUCACCGGGUGGCUUGCAAACGCCUUGUCUCCAUGAAUAUGCCACUGAACAGUGAUGGGACUGUCAUGUUCAAUGCCACUCUCUUUGCGUUGGUCAGAACAGCACUGAGGAUCAAGACAGAAGGUAACCUGGAGCAAGCCAAUGAAGAGCUGAGAGCAAUAAUUAAGAAAAUCUGGAAGCGCACCAGUAUGAAGCUGCUGGACCAGGUGGUGCCCCCCGCAGGUGAUGACGAGGUGACCGUUGGGAAGUUCUAUGCCACUUUCCUGAUUCAGGAGUAUUUCCGGAAGUUCAAGAAACGUAAAGAACAGGGACUAGUGGGCAAGCCCUCCCAGCGCAACGCACUCUCCUUACAGGCUGGUCUGCGCACACUUCACGACAUUGGUCCAGAGAUCCGACGAGCAAUUUCUGGAGACCUGACAGCUGAAGAAGAGCUAGAUAAGGCCAUGAAAGAAGCUGUUUCUGCGGCCUCUGAAGAUGAUAUCUUCCGGAGAGCUGGAGGCUUGUUCGGAAACCAUGUCAGCUACUACCAAAGUGAUGGCAGGAGUGCAUUCCCCCAGACGUUCACCACCCAGCGACCUUUGCACAUCAAUAAGUCUGGCAACAACCAGGGAGAUACUGAGUCCCCAUCUCAUGAGAAGUUGGUGGACUCCACCUUCACUCCCAGCAGCUACUCAUCUUCAGGCUCCAAUGCCAACAUCAACAAUGCCAACAACACUGCCCUAUGCCGCUUCCCCAGCCCACCCAGCUACCCCAGCACUGUCAGCACAGUGGAAGGCCAUGGGACCCCCUUGUCACCCACUAUACGUGUACAGGAGGCUCCUUGGAAACUACCUUCCAAAAGUUCCAGUUCCAGAGACAGCCAGCUGGCAAUUGUUUGCCAAGAGGAAGUGUCUCAGGAAGAGACUUAUGAUGAAAAUUUGAAUGAAGACAUUGAGUACUGUAGUGAACCAAGUCUGCUCUCUACCGAAAUGCUUGCAUACCAAGAUGACGAAAACAGACAACUUACUCCACCAGAAAACAACAAAGGAGAGGACACCCGGCACUCUCCAAAGAAAGGGUUUCUGUGCUCCUCAGCACUAGGACGAAGAGCAUCUUUUCACUUAGAGUGUCUGAAAAGACAGAAAAACCAGGGUGUAGAUGUCUCUCAGAAGACAGUUUUGCCUUUGCAUCUGGUACAUCAUCAGGCGUUAGCGGUGGCCGGCCUGAGUCCCCUGCUCCAGCGAAGCCAUUCCCCCACCAUGUUCUCUCGGCUGUGUGCUACGCCCCCCGCUACACCCUGCAGCCGUGGCUGGCCGCAACAGACCAUCCCGACUCUGCGCCUCGACGGGGCAGAGUCCAGUGAGAAGCUCAACAGCAGCUUCCCGUCAGUACACUGCGGCUCUCGGUACACUGACAACAGCGGCUGCAGCAGCCCGAGGAGAGCCAGGCCGGUCUCCCUCACCGUCCCCAGCCAGACCGGAGGGAGCAGCAGGCAGUUUCACGGCAGCGCUGGCAGCCUGGUCGAAGCGGUCUUGAUCUCGGAAGGACUGAUGCAGUUUGCUCAAGAUCCAAAGUUCAUUGAGGUCACAACCCAGGAGCUCGCAGAUGCCUGUGACAUGACGAUAGAAGAGAUGGAAAAUGCAGCAGACAACAUUCUCAAUGGUAACAGCAAGCAGAGCCCCAAUGGCAACCUCUUGCCUUUUGUUAACUGCAGGGACCCAGGGCAGGACAGUGCAGGAGAGGAAGAGGAAGAGGUGCAGAACCCGGAUUGUAGAAAAAGUCAGGAGGAGCUCAAGGACAGCAGGAUUUAUAUCAGCAGCCUGUAG